AAGAAAAUGAGAAAUGAAAACACGAAAUCAAAUAAUCUGAUAACAUCUGAGAGAUAUACAUAGAACAAAUCAGCUUUCUUCAAAGCUUUAUACGGAGUCUCCUUCAGCUCCAAUUCCUCUGGAAUUCGUCGAUCCAUCGGUUAUUAUUCAUGAUUAUUCCAUUUCUCCUUUGAAUUGAACUCUACGUGCUCUGCUCCUUCGUCGAUCUGUUCGUUCCUCUCAUCAAUUGCAUAGUAAGUCCUCUUUCUUCUUUUCAUUUCACGGUUCAAAACCCUAGUGUUUCAGGUUCCGGCUUAUUUACUUCUUCUUCUCCUCUUCCUUUAUCUUCCCGGUUCAAACUUCGCAAGUUGGACGCGCCAUUUUGAUUUCCCUUAACUACACGUGGUGCUGAUUCGGCACGUCUUUUUGUUUUUGGAAGUAAUUAGGAUUUUCCGAGGCUUCUGUCUUCGGAAACUGGGAAAGGCUAAAGUAAUUGAAGCAUGAGCAUUGACAAUCCAGGUGAAGGGGAUAAUUAGGGUUUGUGCGUGUUUUCAGGGCAGUGGAUGGACUUCCAUGGGCGAUGGGGACGUUGCAUGCAUGCGUUUACAGCCUAUUUUUGAGUAUCUGUUGGGUUUUGAGAAUUUAUACGGAGGUGACAAUGGCGAGUUCAGUAGUAAAAUGCUCAGUGUUGUUUAUCAGGCUAUGAAAGAAUAUUUCCAGAUGAAAGGAGAUUUUUCUUUGGACAAGGUAAAAAGUAGUCGAGACGUUGAGUUGGUGAAGGAGGAAGUAGAGGAAGGUGAAUUGACUUCUGUUUGGCCAAAUAGUGAGUUUGAGAAUGUGGAGUUUGCUCCAGAGAGUUUGCGUAAAUAUGAAAUAAAAAGGGAAAUUGAGAAACUUGAGUCUCCAGUUGAUAAAUUGAGCAAAGAUGAAUUUGAAAAGGGGGAGCUCGUUCGUGGGAAAUCGCCAAAAGUUUUAUCUGAUAACGGAGACUAUCAUCAUGGAAGGUCUAAAGCCUAUGAUAUACUUGAAAAGAGAAAAAAAGUGGAGCUUGAGAAAAGAGUAUUUGUAUCUUGUAGAAAUGCUAAACCUGAAACAGAAAAAGGAGAGUUUGUUCCUGAAAGAUGGAAUAGAGAAGAUGUGAUCAAGGAUGAGAAAAAAUUACAGAAAUGCCAAGGGGAUUCAGAUAAGGGCAAGAGAUGGAAAUAUGAACAAGAGGGGACACCUUAUGGUAAGUGUUCAGGUGACAGAGAUUUCAGAAAUGGAGGUCAGCACACUAAUAGAGCUGCAAGGUGGGAAACUGACGAUAAUAAAUGUCUAAAAUUAGGAUCAAAUAUAGUAAAUAGGGAACCUUCCUUAAAAAACAAACCAAGCAAUGGGAAUAACCAAGAACAAGAAUCUGGAAACCGGUUCAAGAGGCACGUGGAUAAUCCACAGGUAACUGAGCGAAAACAUUAUGGCGAACAUUCUGAUCUGAGUUCCUCAAAAAGUCGCAGACUUUCCGUUGAGGGUAAUCACUCCUCCUACAGGUCCGUGGAGAGAUCAUACAGGUCUCCUUCAUCAUCCAGGAAUAUUUCAUCUGGCAGGUAUUCCACCACAAGCUAUGAAUCUUCAGGUUUCAGGAUAGCUCAUGACAGGUAUGGUACUAGUCCACGUAGGUCAGAGCGGUCCCUACUUGAUCGGGCCCACUCAUCUCGUCAUGACAUGUCACCUUAUGAGCGAGGUCAUCACCAUGAUCAUAGGAAUCGAAGUCCCAACUAUUCUGAGAGGUCUACACAAAACCGAGUUCAUAAUCACGAUCACCGUAGAACUCACGAUCGUCGUAGGAAUCGAAGUCCAAGCUAUUCUGAGAGGUCCCCACCAGAAAGAGGUCAUUAUGAUAAUCAUCAUAGAAAUAAGAGUCCUAAUCAUUAUGAGAAGCCCCUAAAAGAUCGUUCUCGAUAUCAUGAUCACAGAGUCCGUGCCUCUAUAUCCAAGGAGCAUUCUCCAAUCGAUAGGCUUAGGCCUGGUAAUAAGGAAAGUGAUAGAAUAAAUGGAGCAAGUGAAAGGUUAUAUAGUCCUUCUGCAGUCAAAGACCAUGAAGAGAUGCCUGAUAACAACUCUAGUGGUAGGAAAUCUCAUCCGUCUAAAGAAGGUACAGAAAUAACCACUCUGCAGAAUGGUGAUGAGACGACAGAAAAAGUGGAUGCCAUAGAACCUCACAAGGAAGCACAGUUAGAGAGCCAGGUGGUGAAUGACAUAGAUAAUACGAUACAGAUUAAUGGAAUUACUGAGGAGCUUCCUUCUAUGGAAGAAGACAUGGAUAUCUGUGACACUCCGCCUCAUCUGCCAGUUAUGACAGAUUUAACCCCAGGAAAAUGGUUAUACCUUGAUCAUUCUGGUGUAGAACGUGGGCCUUCCAAACUGUAUGACCUCAAGAAACUUGUUGAAGAAGGCUUCAUUGUAUCUGAUCACUUGAUCAAGCACUCAGGUAGUGAUAGGUGGGUCACCGUUGAAAAUGCAGUUUCUCCUUUGAUUACUGUGAAUUUUCCAAAUAUUGAAUCAGAUGCUGUUACUCAGCUGGUAAGCCCCCCUGUGGCUUCUGGCAAUAUAUUGGCUGAUGAAAGAGAUACAGUUCAACCUAUAAUUCAUCAAGCUGACGAAAUAAUAACUACCAUUAAGGGAACUUUAUGCUUCAAAGAUGAUAAUUCUGCUAUCGACGAGCUUUUAGAGGAGCACUACAUUGAAGAAAGGGUUGGAACAUUGUUGGAGGGGUUUUCUGUAAUUCCUGGCAAGGAACUUGAGGCAAUUGGUGGAGCACUGCAAAUGACAUUUGAUCAUGUAGACUGGGAGAUGUGGGGAGACUCUGAAGGUUUCGCUAGCUACCAAAUCCACUCCAGGAAACAAGAUGAUGAAAGUAAAGACGAAGUCUUUUGGUAUCAUAAGUUUGCAAUCAAAGAGUCUACAGAAAAGUCCGUCUUUCUGUCUGUUAGGGAUUGCUCUAUAACUUCUGGUGAUACUGAUGAUGCGUUCUGUGGUCCAUGGUCAUGCAAAGGUGGUGACUGGACGAGGAAUGGUGAAACUCUCUCAGAUAUUUCCAUGACAAAUAAACUUGUCCUCAAUGAUGGCUUUCCACUUUGCCAGAUGCCCAGUUCUGGAUACAAAGACCCUCGGUGGCAUCACAAAGAUGAAUUAUUCUAUUCCUCCCACAAUAGAAGACUUGAUCUACCAAACUGGGCUUUAUCUGUACCUGAUGAGUGCAAUGAUCCUUUAGGUGAAAGUGGGGUAGGUCCAACUAAAACUGUGGUUACAAGGGGCCUGAAAGGAGCCAUGCUCCCAGUGGUCAGAAUAAAUGCAUGUGUAGUCAAGGAUCGUGGUUCAUUUGUUUCAGAGUCCCUCUCUAAAGCCAGACUGAAGGAGAUAUGUUCUUCAAGGUCGUCCAGGCACUAUUCGAUGGGCAGUGAAGGGAGGAUAUUGUCUGAAGAAACUGUCUCUCAAUCUAAACAUAUUCAUCAGCAAGAGGUGUUAGCUCCAUAUAAGAGUAUCUUGUCUGGGAAUAUACUGAAAGAUCACCUUUCCACAAUAGAUGACUUACAUUUACAGUUAGGUGAGUGGUAUUACCUUGAUGGUGCAGGGCAUGAGAGAGGGCCUUCAUCAUUUUCAGAAAUCCAGAAAUUGGUUGAGCAAAAUAUUGUUCCAAAGUAUAUCAGCAUUUUCAGAAAGAGUGAUUGCAUCUGGGUUCCAGUUACCUCAACUAUAGAGGCUUUUGGAGCCUCUCAGAAGGCCCAAGGAGAGACUAAUCAUACAUCUAGCUGUGGUCCUGGUGGUUCUACAGUGCAAUCACAGGGCAUUACUCCAAACCAAAUUGAGGCUUCCAAUUUGUUUCAUAGCUUACAUCCACAGUUCAUUGGAUUUACAAGGGGAAAGCUGCAUGAAUUGAUCAUGAAGUCAUACAAGAGUAGGGAAAUUACUGCAGCGAUAAAUGAGGUUCUGGAUCCUUGGAUUAAUGCAAAGCAGCCUAGGAAGGAUACAGAAAAAAUUGUUUGCAACAAUAGUGAUGAUUAUCGUCCUGGUAAAAGAGCAAGGUUUCUCCUGGAUGAAACUGAAGAGUAUGAAGUGGGAGAAGCUAUUGGUGACAUCAUGUUUGAUGAUUUGUAUUGCGAUGCUACAUUUCACAGAGAAGUUGCUAGAACUGGGGCCGUUCCUGUGAGCUGGGGUCUAAUGGAUGGUCAGGUGCUGGCACGUAUAUUUCAUUUCCUCCGAUCAGACAUGAAAUCCCUUAUCCACGCUGCUUUGACCUGCAUGCACUGGAGAAUAUUAGUAAAAGUAUACAAGGAUAUCUGCAAACAGGUCGACUUGUCCUUUCUUGGGCACAGUUGUACCGACUCCAUGGCUCGGAAUAUCAUGAGUGGUUAUAAGAGAGAGAAGGUAGCUUCACUGAUACUACUAGGCUGUACUAACGUCUCUUCCCCUCUACUUGAAGAAAUCAUUAGGUCAUUUCCUUGUCUAUCCUUUAUAGAUAUUCGGGGGUGUAAUCAGCUGGGUGACUUGCCCAAAAAAUAUCCAAGGAUUAAUUGGAUCAUGAGAAGAAUUAGGAGCCUUAAGGACGUGAAUGAUAGAACAUCAUCAGCUUAUACAAGUCAUAAUGGUCUGACUAGACAUGGAGAACUCAAGGAUUAUCUGGAGAGCUCAGAGAAGAGGGACUCAGCUAAUCAAUUGUUCCGUGGAAGCUUAUACAAAAGGUCAAAGCUUUUUGAUGCUAGAAAGGCCUCUUCUAUUCUACCUAGGGAUGCCCACAUGAGACAAUGGUCUGUUAAGAAAUCUGAAAAUGGUUACAAGAGGAUGGAGCAAGUUCUUGCUUUAGGUCUGAAAGACAUAAUGAAAGAGAAUACGAUCGAUAUUUUUGUGCCUAAGGUGGCUGAUAUUGUGGACAGAAUAAGGAAGGGUUACUAUGCUGUCCGGGGCUUGCACUCUGUCAAGGAGGAUAUUAUUCGCUUGUGCAGAGAUGCUAUCAAAGCAAGGUGUCGGAGUGAUGCUGCGGACAUGAAUCGCAUGUUGAAGCUCUUUAUCCAACUAGCCACUAGUUUAGAGAGUAGUUCCAGACCUCAUCAAAGAGAUGUCCUAAUCAAGAACUGGAAAGAUGUUUCAACUGCAGGAUUUUCCUCAACUACAUCCAGAUAUAAAAAUUUAAAGAAGACUGGAGAAAGGAAGCACACGACCAGGCAUAACAUUAUCUCUUUAAUUAAUGGAGGUUCCGACAAUAGAGAUUGUGUCUCUGAUCAAGAAAUUAGAAGGUGUUUAUCCAGGUUGAGCAAGAAAUGCAUGUACUCAGGAAGUGAAACCUCUGAUGGCCUUGACGGAUCAUCUGAGACCAAGAGUGAUGGUGAAAGUGCUGCCUCAGAUGCAGAAAGUGACUUGGAAUUCACGUUAGAAAGUGGAACUAGAGAGUCAAGAGGGGAUGGAACCCUUUCCAUAGAUGACGCAGAUUAUUUGACUGAGCGUGAGUGGGGUGCUCGCAUGACAAAGGUCAGCCUAGUUCCUCCUGUUACCCGAACGUACGAAUUGAUUGAUCAAUAUGUGAUUGUGGCUGAUGAAGAACAAGUUAAAAGGAAAAUGUGUGUUUCUCUGCCUGAAGACUAUGCUGAUAAGUUAAAAGCCCAGAAAGAUGGUCUCGAGGAGUCUGAUAUGGAGAUCCCUGAAGUGAAGGUUUACAAACCUAGAAAAUAUCUUGGAACCGAAGUGAUAGAACAAGAAGUUUAUGGAAUAGACCCUCACACACACAACCUUUUACUUGAUUCCAUGCCAGAAGAAUCAGAUUGGACUCUUACUGAUAAACAUGUAUUUAUAGAAGAAGUGCUUCUUCGCACUCUCAAUAAGCAAGCUCAGAACUACACUGGCACAGGAAAUACCCCUAUGAUGUAUCAUUUGCAGCCUGUUAUUGAGGAUAUCCUGAAAAAGGCCGAAGAAAAUUGUGAUAUGCCAACUAUGAGAUUAUGUGAAUCCAUCUUAAAACAGAUUGAUUCUCGUUCAGGGGACAAGUACAUCGCAUAUAGAAAGGGCCUCGGAGUUGUAUGCAACAAGAAAGGAGGCUUUAGUGAAGAUGACUUUGUGGUUGAGUUUUUGGGUGAGGUCUAUCCUGCUUGGAAAUGGUUUGAGAAGCAAGAUGGGAUUCGUUCCUUACAAAGAAACAACGAAGAACCAGCACCAGAAUUCUACAACAUUAAUCUUGAAAGACCAAAGGGCGAUGCUGAUGGAUAUGACUUGGUGAUAGUUGAUGCAAUGCACAAAGCAAACUAUGCAAGCAGAAUUUGUCAUUCAUGUCAUCCAAACUGCGAAGCAAAAGUUACUGCAGUCAAUGGUCAUUACCAGAUCGGAAUAUACACUGUUCGUCCAAUUGAAUAUGGUGAAGAGGUCACGUUCGAUUAUAACUCUGUUACAGAGAGUAAGGAAGAGUAUGAAGCUUCCGUUUGUUUAUGUGGCAGCAGGGUUUGUCGUGGAAGCUACUUGAAUCUUACAGGAGAAGGUGCUUUUCAAAAGAUUUUGGAAGAGUGGCAUGGAAUACUGGAUUGCCACUACUUGAUGCUAGAGGCAUGUGAAUUGAAUGCUGUUACCCAAGAAGAUUACUUAGAUUUGAGCAGGGCUGGUCUGGGUAGCUGUUUACUUGGCGGGUUACCAAAUUGGCUUGUUGCUUAUACAGCUCGUUUGGUAAGGUUUAUUAAUUUUGAAAGGACCAAACUUCCUGAUGCAAUUCUAAGGCAUAAUUUGGAAGAAAAGCAGAAAUAUUUUGUAGAAAUCUCCAUUGAUGUUGAGAAAAAUGAUGCUGAGAUUCAGGCUGAGGGGGUCUAUAACCAAAGGCUUCAGAACUUAGCCCUUACUCUUGACAAGGUGGGAUAUGUGAUAAGACGACUAUACAGUGAUCCAAAGGAAGCACCGCCUCUGCUAGAAAAGCUGAGUCCUGAAGCAGCAGUUUCCUUUCUGUGGAAUAGAGAAGGCUCUUUUGUUGAGGAUCUUAUUGCGAGUAUAGCUCCUUAUAUGGAUGAUGGCAUGUUAAAUGACCUGAAGUCAAAGAUCCAUGACCAUGAUCCCUCUGGCUCUACUGAUGUCCGGGAGGAACUUAAAAAAUCUUUAAUAUGGUUAAGGGAUGAGGUGAGAAAUCUCCCAUGUACAAAUAAAUGCCGUCAUGAUGCUGCUGCAGAUUUAAUUCACAUAUAUGCAUAUACAAAGUAUUUUUUCAGAAUUCGGGUGUACGAAAGUGUAACAUCUGAACCUGUUAACAUUAGUCCGCUUGAUCUUGGCCCCAAGUACAGCGACAAACUGGGGCCAGGAGAAGUACACGAAUAUUGCAAGACUUAUGGAGAAAAUUAUUGUUUAGGACAGUUGAUGUAUUGGCAUACUCAGGCUAAUGCUGACCCAGACUCAAAAUUGACAUGUGCAUACAAGGGUUGCCUGUCCUUGCCUGAUAUUGAGUCCUUUUAUGCCAAGAUUCACAAGCCAUCUGAAAAACGGGUGUAUGGACGACGAACUAUCAAAUCCAUGCUUGCAAGAAUGGAGAAACAACCACAAAGAGCAUGGCCAGAUGAUCAGAUAUGGGAAUUCAAUAAGAAAAUGCCAAAAGUGUUGGGAAGCCCAAUGUUCGACUCUGUGGUUCAGAAUUCUCCUCUAGACAAAGAAAUGGUGAAUUGGUUGAAAAAUAGACCGGCUAUUUUUCAAGGAAUGUGGGACCAUCAACGGUAGAUUAUAGUAAUAAACCUUUCCACCACAUUAUGUGAUAGAUUAUUGGUCAGAAUAGCAUAUGUUAGUUCAGGGAUCCAUUCUUAUGUACAGUGUAGAGUGAUUUUUAGUGUUUUUAUAAGGUUGAUUAGUCUUAUUUUAAAAAAGUACUAAAAUGUAAAUGGUUAGUGUUAGUUAGUCAUUGUUGUUAACUUGUUAUUGCAAAGGAGGCUAAUUUUAAUAAUAUUUUGAUUGUUGUGU